GCGAGCAAGUCGACAUGCGCCAACUGUCCACCACUGUUGACACCUUGAAGCGUGACCUUGACAAGGAGCGGAGCCGAACCGCCGGCUUGGAGCAGCGUCUUUACGAGAUGAGUAAGGUGCCAGUCUCCUGUCCUAAAGGUUACGCAGUAUUCAGUGAAAUAUGCUACAAGGCCUUCAACACACGCAAGACCUUCAGCGGAGCGGCCGCGGCCUGUCGUGAAGAUGGCGGCACCCUCGCCAUGCCCCGAGACGCUGAGACCAACGGCUUCCUGGUCUCCUUAUACACGUCCGUGAGCGACCAGGGGAACGUCUGGUUUGGCCUGCACGAUCUGCGGGAAGAGGGAAGCUAUGAGUGGGAGGAUGGUUCUGCACUUGGGACGUACAAUUCCUGGGGACCGGGAGAACCAAACAACCAUUGGGAUAGCGAAGAUUGUGUUCACUACUACCCAAUUAAAUCAGACAAGUGGAACGACGCUGAAUGCAACUGUCAGUUUUGCUUCACAUGCCAGACUGUUCCAGGACGUCCAUAG